CUGAGGUGCUCUAAGGUGACUGCUGGGACACCUUCGGAAGAACCGAGGUCCGGGACGGGACAGGGGGGAGGCCUCAUGGACUGGUGGACGUCGCUGGCUGCGUGUAUUGCGCUGCUGUGGAUUUUCUGCUUUAUAGACGGCAAUGCCGUGCUUGAGCUGCGGCUGCUCUUCCACGCCCUGACCAAAGCCGCUUGCCACUUGUACCUGGCCCUGCUCCCGCUCCGCCGGGCCGCCUCGCACUUCUUCGACUGCGCGCGGCACCUGUUCAGCCAUGCCCAGCAGAGCCCGCCCCCGCCCGGCUACAGCAGCCCGGGCCAGCCGCUGGCCAAGAAGAGCACGCUGCACUUCCUGGAGGGCGUGUGCGUGGUGUGCGAGACGGUGCCCAACCUGAUGGGCGCGGCGCUCAGCGUGGGCGCCGCCUUCAGCCACAUGCUGCAGGGGGGCUUCUACGUCCUGGCGGCCACGCUGCGCACCAUCCAGGUCAACCUCUUCUCCCAGAUGAACGGCGAGAAGGAGCGAUGGGACAAAGAGAGGCUCCGAGCCAAGGAGAGCGAGAAAAAGCUGAACUCCAAAGUGCUGGAGUACAUCUCGGUUUUCUGCCAGGACCCCGUCAGCGCGCUACGCAUCAAGGUCGACGUGCCUCCCGUGUACAGAUAG